CCCUGCCCCCUUCGGUUUCAGUUUGGAGCAGAGACGCAGCAAAGCAAAGUGGCUCCGAGCUCGGCCGCCAGCCGCCCCGUGCUACCCCCCUAUGGGGACCAGGGCGCCCGCAAUGAGGUGUUUCUGGACGUAGUGGAGAGGCUGACGGUCGUCAUCACGGCCAACGGCACCCCCAUGAAGGCCGACAUCCAGGGAGAAAUCCGCCUCAAGAGCUACCUGCCCAGCUGCUCCGAGCUGCGCAUCGGGCUGACGGAGGAGUUCUGCGUGGGGAAGUCGGAGCUGCGAGGCUACGGCGCCGCCGUCCGCGCCGACCAGUGCGCGUUCCACAGCUCCGUCAAGCUGGACGAGUUCGAGAGCAGCCGCAUCCUCAAGGUCACCCCCAGCCCCGGGGAGCUCCUGGUGAUGCAGUACCAGCUGUCAGACGACAUCCCCUCGGCCUUGCCCUUCCACCUCUUCCCCACGCUGGAGCGGGACCCCACGGGCAGGCUCCGCAUUUACCUCAAGCUCCGCUGUGACCUGCCUCCCAAGAGCCAGGCCCUGAACGUGCGAGUCCAGCUGCCGGUGCCGAAGGGGGUCAUCAGCCUGUCCCAGGAGCUGAGCAGCCCCGAGCAGACGGCCGAGCUGCAGCCCAGCCUCAAGGCCAUUCGCUGGGUGAUCCCGCGCGUCCAGGGGGGCUCCCAGCUCUCCGCCCUCUUCAAGCUGGAGAUCCCAGGGCUGAGCAGCUCCUCGCUGCUGGAAGUGGGGCCCGUGAACAUGUCCUUUGAGCUGCCCAUGCACACCUGUUCUGGCCUGCAGAUCCGCUUCCUGCGCUUCACGGCCCCACAGCCUGGGCUGCCCCACCGCUGGGUGCGCUACGUAUCACACAGCGACUCCUACGUCAUCCGCCUCUGAGCCCAGUCCGGCCCCACCGCUGGGUGUGCUACGUGUCACAUGGCGACUCCUACGUCAUCCCCCUCUGAGCCCGGCCCCACCGCUGGGUGCGCUACGUAUCACACAGCGACUCCUACGUCAUCCCCCUCUGAGCCCGGCCCGGCCCCACCGCUGGGUGCGCUACGUGUCACAUGGCGACUCCUACGUCAUCCGCCUCUGAGCCCAGCCCGGCCCCACCGCUGGGUGCGCUACGUGUCACACAGCGACUCCUACGUCAUCCCCCUCUGAGCCCGGCCCGGGCCCCCCGCUGGGU